AUGGAGAAAUCAAAAAAUUGUUUGAGAAACCUUUUAUCCACUAAUCCCGUUGCAAGAAUACUAUUGAGUAGUGAGGGGAGUCCGAAUCACUGUGAAACUGUUGUUGUAGACUACAGCUCCCCAAAUAUUGCUAAACCAUUUCACCUGGGGCAUUUCCGAGCUACUGUAACAGGAAAUUUUGUCAAAAACAUCAAUGAAGCUUUUGGACAUAAAGUAAUUGGAAUAAAUUACAUUGGUGAUUGGGGUACUCAAUUCGAUAUCUUAGCAUCGGGAUUUUCAAAAUACGGGGAUCAGAUUGAAUUGCGAAGAAAUCCCAUUGAACACUUAUAUAAAGUCUAUGUACAAGCGAAUCGUGAUAUUCAAUCAAAUGAAAAAAAUCGACCAUAUGGAAUCGAUCAUGGAAAUCAAUCAGUUAACUUUUCCAAACCAAUACCCAAUAAUACAACUGAAAUACAAUCUCGUGAUACUGAAUUCUGGCGAUAUAUUCGUGAAGUAACUUGUGAACAGUUGCAAUCAAAUUAUCAGCGUAUGAAUAUUCAAUUUACAAGUUACGAAUAUGAAUCCGAUUAUGUGGAGAAGGCUUAUUCACUUGCUAACAUGUUACUAGCCAAUGGGUUAGCUUACAAAAGUUCUGAUGGACUGACUUGUAUGUCGACAGCAAACAAUAAUGAUGUGAAUUUUUCGAAUCAAAAUAUUAUCCUAUUAAAAAGUGAUAAGUCAACUUUAUAUUUAACCAGGGAUAUAGCGGCGGCAAUUUCUCGUUACGAAAAAUACCAUUUCGAUAGGAUACAUUAUGUGGUUGAAAUCGGACAGCGUUUACACUUUCAACAACUCAACUAUGUUCUCCUAAAAAUGGGUUAUAAUUGGCCAGUUUUAUCUAUGGUCGGUGAUGAUGUUGAUGAUAAUACUGAUAAUGAUCAGUGUAGUCAAUGUGCUCGUAAUCUUUUACAUAUUCCAUUCGGUCGAAUUAUGGGAAUGAGUACUAGAAAAGGUGAAGGUUUAUUUCUAUUGGAUAUUUUAAAUAAUGCUCAACAAUUUAUGCUGAAUCGAAUGAAAUCUUCCCAAAAUACACGAAUAACUCAAAAUGAAUCAGUUAAUCCACCAUUGUUAUGUCAAGAUGAAAUAGCUGAUCAUUUAGGUGUAACAUGUUUGGUAGCAACAAUGUUUGCUUAUCCACGUCAAAAACCAAUUAAUUUACACACAUUCCUUGGUUUACCAGUGACAUCAUCAUCAUCAUCAACAAUGAAAAAUAGUCAUUUGUUGAAAUCGUCAGCUGUAAGUGAAUUAUGCGGAUUAACUCUACAAUAUUGUCAUGCAAGACUAUGCAGCCUAGAAUCUCGUUCAAUUUCGUCCGGUCUAUUCCCAUUCAAGGUUAAUAGCAGUGAUCCAACAUCAAUUGUGUUUGACAUGGAUCACCUUAUUCAUGAAUUUGAUCAAUUUAAAGAGUGGCCUUCAACAACAAUUAAUGAAAAAUCUUUUGUAAAAUUGGCUGAUCAGUUGUGCAGAUUUUCUACUGUGCUCCAUACUGCUUAUUCAAAAUACGAGCCACAUUACGUACUACAAUAUGCAUUACAACUUACCUCUGAUGUAAACUCAGCUUGGAAGCAUUUACCAGUUUUGCAAUGUACAAAUAAAGAAGAUCAACUAAUACGUCUAUUCAUCUUUCUAGCGUCUAGAAAUGUACUUGCCUCAUGUUUACGUUUAAUGGGAAUCGAACCGUUGAGUGCGAUAUAA